CAAAAUAGGAAGAAAGAAGAGUCAAGUCAUUAAAAUAACCCUUCACAGUCUUUGAUUCUAAGCUCGUUGAAGAUCUUUGUGGCCAACAGAUAUCCUCUCUGAUUUGAGUUCUGAACUAUCUUCUGGAGGAGCUUGAGGUCUGAAAUCAUGGACAAACUUGGUUAGAGUGUGGAAUUUAGCUGAUUUGGGUUUGAUUCAUAUCUGAUCAUACUAACUAUGACGUCGGACAAAAAGACUAUAGUUUGGUUUAGAAGAGACCUAAGGAUUGAGGAUAAUCCUGCAUUAGCAGCUGCUGCUCACGAAGGAUCUGUUUUUCCUGUCUUCAUUUGGUGUCCUGAAGAAGAAGGACAGUUUUAUCCAGGAAGAGCUUCAAGAUGGUGGAUGAAACAAUCACUUGCUCACUUAUCUCAAUCCUUGAAGGCUCUUGGAUCUGACCUCACUUUAAUCAAAACCCAUAACACGGUUUCAGCUAUCUUGGAUUGUAUCCGCGUUACCGGUGCUACAAAAGUCGUCUUUAACCAUCUCUAUGAUCCUGUUUCGUUAGUUCGGGACCAUACCGUAAAGGAGAAGCUGGUGGAACGUGGGAUCUCUGUGCAAAGCUACAAUGGAGAUCUAUUGUAUGAACCGUGGGAGAUAUACUGCGAAAAGGGCAAACCUUUUACGAGUUUCAGUUCUUACUGGAAGAAAUGCUUAGAUAUGUCGAUUGAAUCUGUUAUGCUUCCUCCUCCGUGGCGGUUGAUGCCAAUAACUGCAGCGGCUGAAGCAGUUUGGGCAUGUUCGAUUGAAGAACUAGGGCUAGAGAAUGAAGCUGAGAAACCGAGUAAUGCGUUGUUAACUAGAGCUUGGUCUCCAGGAUGGAGCAAUGCUGAUAAGAUACUAAAUGAGUUCAUUGAGAAGCAGUUGAUAGAUUAUGCAAAGAACAGCAAGAAAGUUGUUGGGAAUUCAACCUCACUGCUCUCUCCAUAUCUCCAUUUCGGGGAAAUAAGCGUCAGACACGUUUUCCAGUGUGCCCGGAUGAAACAAAUCAUAUGGGCUAGAGAUAAGAACAGUGAAGGAGAAGAAAGUGCAGAUCUUUUUCUUAGAGGAAUCGGUCUGAGAGAGUAUUCUCGGUAUAUAUGUUUCAACUUCCCGUUUACUCACGAGCAAUCGUUGUUGAGUCAUCUUCGGUUUUUCCCUUGGGAUGCUGAUGUUGAUAAGUUCAAGGCCUGGAGACAAGGCAGGACUGGUUAUCCGUUGGUGGAUGCCGGAAUGAGAGAGCUUUGGGCUACCGGAUGGAUGCAUAACAGAAUAAGAGUGAUUGUUUCGAGCUUUGCUGUGAAGUUUCUUCUCCUUCCAUGGAAAUGGGGAAUGAAGUAUUUCUGGGAUACACUUUUGGAUGCUGAUUUGGAAUGUGACAUCCUUGGCUGGCAGUAUAUCUCUGGGAGCAUACCUGAUGGCCAUGAGCUUGAUCGCUUGGACAAUCCCGCAUUACAAGGCGCCAAAUAUGACCCAGAAGGUGAGUACAUAAGGCAAUGGCUUCCCGAGCUUGCGAGAUUGCCAACUGAAUGGAUCCAUCAUCCAUGGGACGCUCCGUUAACUGUACUCAAAGCUUCCGGUGUGGAACUCGGAACAAACUAUGCAAAACCCAUUGUAGACAUCGACACAGCUCGUGAGCUACUCGCUAGAGCCAUAUCAAGAACCCGUGAAGCACAAAUCAUGAUCGGAGCAGCACCUGAUGAGAUUGUAGCAGAUAGCUUCGAGGCCUUAGAAGCUAAUACCAUUAAAGAACCUGGCCUUUGCCCAUCUGUGUCUUCUAAUGACCAACAAGUACCUUCGGCUGUUCGUUACAACGGGUCAAAGAGAGUGAAACCUGGGGAAGAAGAAGAGAGAGACAUGAAGAAAUCUAGAGGAUUCGAUGAAAGGGAAUUGUUUUCGACUGCUGAAUCUUCUUCUUCUUCGAGUGUGUUCUUUGUUUCGCAUUCUUGCUCGCUGGCAUCAGAAGGGAAGAAUUUGGAAGGUAUUCAAGAUUCAUCUGAUCAGCUUACCACAAGUAUGGGAAAAAAUGGUUGCAAAUGAUCAAAAUAAGCUUUAUGUGCUGUCAUAAAGCCUAACAUGUAGAUGUGUGAAUGUGUCUUUUAACUCUGUUUCCUUUUGAUUGUACUCAAAAGGAUAUAUGGUUGCAUAAAACAUAUAAUGCUGA